AUGGCGCAGGGGCGUGCGCCCGCGCUGGGUGGCGGGGAAGGAUUUGCCGGGGUGCGCCUUGGGAUUGGUGGGCGGCACAUGAGUUUCGUUGGCCUGCCGCAACGGGCACUGACGGGGAAGGGGGCGUGCGAUUUUUUCGAGCUCGCAAAGCCAGCCGCUGGGCAUCAGACGCGGGGGGCCUUGGUGAUCGUGUGCACCGGCCUCGAGCAUAAGCAAAGUGGGCUGUUCGAGGAGACGCGCGUGAUGUCGGAGGCCGUGCUGCUGGACCGCGUUUGUGUCGUCAGGAACAGCAUUGGCCAAACGGCCUUCUAUGGGGCCACGUCUCAUAUUGCCCUGCCCCUAACAUGA